UCAGGGCCCCGAGGCUCUGGAACAGCCUGCCCGAGGAAAUCAGAGACCUUCCAGAUCAUGCGACAGACCAGAGCCCAUGAAGGCAGCGUGUUCACCCUGUGCUCCCUGCAGGGCGGGGCUCUGCUCAGUGGCGGAGGGAAAGAUCGUAAGAUCAUCCGCUGGAGCGCUGAUCUGGCACCCGAGAGAGAGUGUGAGAUUCCAGAAAAAUAUGGGGCAGUCCGUACCAUUGCAGAUGUGGAUGGGGAGGAACUAUUAGUUGGUACAACCCGUAACGCCAUCCUCAGAGGCACCUUCUCAGACGGAUUUGUUGCCAUAGUACAGGGCCAUGUAGAUGAGAUGUGGGGGCUGGCUACACACCCCUCUCAGAACAUCUUCCUCACCUGUGGUCACGACAGGCAAGUGUGUUUGUGGAACGCAGAGGAACACAAGCUGGACUGGUGCAUCACCCUGGAGGAGUAUGGGUUGUGUGCUGGUUUCUGCCCUAAUGGUUCAGUGGUUUCAGUCGGCCUCAACACAGGAAGGUGGAUGGUCCUUGACCUGCUGACCAGAGAAGUGGUCUUGGAGUCCAUUGAUGGGAACGAGCAGCUGUCUGUCAUGAGAUACUCACCAGAUGGCAGCUUUUUAGCUGUUGGAUCCCAUGACAACUUCAUCUACAUCUACAGUGUGACAGAGAGAGGCCGGCGUUACACCCGCUUCGGGAAAUGUAAUGGUCACUCCAGCUUCAUAACUCACCUGGAUUGGUCCAAAGAUGGAAAGUACAUCAUGUCUAAUUCAGGCGACUAUGAGAUCCUUUACUGGGACAUAGCAGGAGGAUGUAAACUGUUGAGGAAUCGCUUUGAGAGUAAAGACAGAGAAUGGGCCUCCUAUACGUGUGUGCUGGGCUUCCACGUCAUUGGUGUGUGGAUGGAGGGCUCAGACGGCACAGACAUCAACGCCCUGUGUCGCUCUCACAGUGAGAGGGUGGUGGCCGUGGCUGAUGACUUCUGUAAAGUCCACCUCUUCCAGUACCCCUGUCCUAAACCUAAGGCACCAAGUCACAAGUACGAGGGCCAUGGCAGCCACGUCACCAACGUCUGCUUCACCCACAAUGACUCCCAUCUCCUCUCCAUGGGCGGGAAGGACACCUGCAUCCUUCAGUGGAGGGUGAUGGGAGGAGGGGUGGGUGACAGCAGGGAGAGACUGGCCUCGGCCUCGUCCACGUCCACCAGCUCUCCAGAACCUGCCACCAGCUAGGAAGGACACGUGUAAUUAACUGUGACAGAGGUUCAACUGUUUAAACACAGCCAGAGAGGCUGUUAGUCAUUGGACAGCAGCCACAGUUAUCGGUUCAGACGGACCUCUGCAGGGCCACUGCCGCAUCAGUUUCAUACAGAACGUGUGAGGAGUCCUCUCCAGGACAAAUGUCCAUAUGAAAUCUACACUUCCACACCUCCAUAAACAUGUACAUCCUUGUGAAACUGGACAGUGUGAUUUGUUCCUUCUGUUGGAUAUGUGGUGAGGAUCAUUAGAAGUGGUCAUGUGUGUUCGGUGACAUGAUUUGACUUCUAUGGUGACUAAGACUUUGGUCUCAGUAAACAUUCCCGUGUUUUAGUUCAUCUUUUUAAUCACACUUACCAAAGUGCUGCAUUGUGGCACACGCCAUCUGGCCUUUCAUAACCUUUUCUGCAUAUGUUUUAUAUUUUAGCAGUGUUUGGUUGACAUCAGUGAAUACUGAAGCUGUUUUCAUGCUUGCGUUAGACUGUGAGAAACCUGUUCCAGUGAAAUCAACUCUCAGCAUUUCUGACUAAUUAAUUUCUCUAACAGAAGAUAAGUACACUUGAAAUGUUAAUUACUUUAGUACAGUUUUAUAUAUUUAAGACAACAUUGGGAAUACUGUGAUGUUUUAUCUGUCAAGCUCCCAAUAAAAUACCUGAUGACUGGAAAGUGUAUUGUGUGAGAAGUGUCACUAGUGGGCAGUGCUGCUCCAGUAAUUGUGGGCAGUGUUGCAUAAAGGCAGGUUCCAAAACUACAUGUCCCAGACCUCAGCAUCCCAGAGUGAACAGUUCAGUUACAAACUGCUGAUAAAUGUCUUUUCUGUGGUUUCAACCCUCAGGAUCACAUACCCUCAACAGUGGUGGAAGAAGGACUCAGAUCCUUUACUAAACUAUAGUAGCAAUAUCACAAUGUGGUAACAAUGUAACUAAAGUCAGGAACUAAAAAUUUGGCUUGAAAAUAUUAAAGUUUCAUAAAUAAAAGUUUUGAAGAAUUAAAAGUUAGUGUACUGCUGUACACAAUGGCCACUCUGACAGUUUUAUACCAUAUAUUAUAACAAUUGGAUUAUUAUUACUAAUGCAUUAACAAAACCAUAAUUUUAACGUUUUUAACAAUAGGUCAGCUUGUUGUGCUCAGCUGGGUGAGAUGGGGCUAAAUGUACUUGUAGUUUAAUAAAAGAAGUGACAAAAAGCAAAACAAAAAAAGUAUUUCACUCUGAUAUAUCUUUGAGUUGAAGUUUAAAGUAGCAGAACAUGGAAAUACUCAAGUAAAUUACAAGAUAAAACCUCACAGCUCAUAGACAUGCUUCAUUUUAAGGGGUCACAAGCUAAAGAAGGUCUGCUUUAAGUAAUCACUCUUAUAGUGUUAGUGUAAUAACAGUAAUGUGAAACCCCUCUGCUUGCUCCACAUGCACCAUGCAACAGUAUUACUUAUAACCUAUUGCAUAAUAAUUUCCAUAAUGCUUUCAGGAUUUUUAUUUUGGGGCAUGUUUUCUUUGCUUCUGCUGUAUGUGUUUGGGUACAUUCCCAAUGUCCAGCUUUGUCUAUAUCUGGUGGUAACUUCCUUUACUCUGUGCAUUUGUGUAAUAUGUGGAAACUGCAUUUGUGAAUAAACCUUAGCUCCUCUUUUACCAAUUGUCUA